AUGGUGGAUAAACCUCCGUUCCCCGACUCCGACGGGUCCUCCGACUUCGACGAAGACACCUCCACCCUCCCAUUCCCAGAGCCUCUCUCGCGCGCCUCCUUCCUAACCCCCGGAUUCGACCCAGCGCAAUACCUCUCCUCCCUCCGAAAUCGCCACCAAAGUCUCGAGGACCUGCGCCAGGAACUACGCGACCUAGACCAAUUGCUCAGCAGGGAAUUGCUCGACCUCGUCAACGAGAACUACCAAGAUUUCUUAUCGCUCGGGAACGCGCUACACGGUGGAGAGGAAAAGGCCGAGGAAGUUCGCGUCGGGCUGUUGGCGUUUCAGCGGGAUGUGAAUGCGAUCAGGCAUAAGGUUGAGACAAGACGGGCUGAGGUGGAGGGGUUAUUGGGGGAGAAGAAGCAGCUGAGGAAAGAUGCGAACGUUGGGCAGGCGUUGUUGGAUGUUGCGGAGAGGAUUGAGGAGUUGGAGCAGCGGUUGAUGAUUGGGGAGAAGAAUAAUCAGGGUCAGCGCGAACAGUCGGAUGAGGAAUCGGAUGGUUUCCUGGAGGAGAGUGACGAGAGUGAGAGUGAUGAUGAACAGGCUCCCCAGGCCACCGCGGCUGCAGUAUCGCUGAAGCGACUCGAGCAUCAUAUCCAGAAAUACGUCGCCGUCACACGGUUAUCUGCGCACAUUGGAGAUGAGCACCCAUUCCUUCUCAACCAACAGCCGCGAGUAAACAAGAUCCGGUCCGCUGUGCUCCACGACCUAAAGACAGCUCUUGAGCAGGCUAAGAACGCCGGCAAGAAGCGUGAUGCGAAGAUGUUAUCGGUUCUGGGUCUCUACGAGUUGAUGGGUGAAAAUCCCAGUGCAAUAACUGCGCUGAAGAAUCUCAAGUUAUAG